AUGACAGCUAAGAGUUCUGCCCUAGUUUCACAAACUGGGGCUGGUGGUGGUAACCGUGGAGAUGGUGGUUACUAUGGGGGAAGUCGUGGCCGUGGGACUGGUCGGGGAGGUGGUCAUGUCCGAACUUGUCAUCAUCGUGGUCAGCCUAGCCACAUUCAGAGAUUUUGUUGGAAGCUUCAUGGGAAGCCUGGACAGCAGCAAUUUGCAAACUCCGUUGCCAAUAUUAAUGCCAUUGCAUGCCUUUCUACUACUUCCCGUCCCUGGAUCAUUGAUUCAGGGGCAUCAGAUAACAUGUCAGGAAUGUCAGAUACAUUUGCUCAUGUUCUUCGAGUAUCUCGUGAGAGUUCUCGUGACUCCACACCAACAGUUGAUAAUUCAGCAUUGGUUUCCCAAACUAUAGCUAGUGGAGGUGGCCGUGGAGAUAGUAGUUACCGUGGGGGAAGCCGUGGACGUGGGGCUGGUCAUGGAGGUGGUCGUAGUGCAGGCCACGGUACAUUUCAGCCCGAUAAUAGCCAAGGUUAUGGGCAAUCUAAUGCCUCUUCUAACGGGUCAGCUGCUGUCCGGACAUGUCAUCAUUGUGGUCAACCUGGCCAUAUCCAAAGAUUUUGUUGGAAGCUUCGUGGGAAGCCUGGACAGCAGUAG